GCCGCACGCGUCCACAGGCGCUCUGGGAACACUCAAGGACACGGAGGUUCAGUCGCCGAAACUGUUAUACAGAGUUGUGCGAGAGUAUAUUGAGCUGACGGAGCUGUGCGAGGAUAUAUCUUACGAUAUAUUGAGCUGAUAUCAAAGUUAAGAAGUGAGCACUUUGUCUCAUUGUCAUUUAAUAUGUAAUGCAACUUUAUAGUGACUGACACAACGUACUGUAACUAAACAUUUGAAAUGUUGCUCUUAAGGCAGUUAGUGACUCUCGUGGUGGUGAUUGGUGUCGCAUCGUCAUCCAUUAAAUCUACGACUACAUCCUCUGCGACCGUACCCUCAUCUACGACCGAGGUGCCCGCUACUACUACUAGCGAUGCGCUUACUACCAACUAUUCGGUCGGAAAUAUCACCGAAUUCCCGACCACCUCAUCGCCAGCCUCUCUCUCCGAGGAGACAACGGUAGUGCAGGAGCCUGAGGCUACCCACGUGUUAACCAGCUCUUCUGUAGGAGAAGUGGAGACUCCUGCCGUUGUACAGGAGGUCGGCGACGACUGGUCCUAUGAUGAAGAACAUGUAGAGACAACGACUGAAUUCGACUACGAACUGCACUCCCUAGACGACGAUGACUAUGCAUUGUACUCACUGAAUGACACGGAACCUCCCACGCUGGCCGAGUUCCGAGCCAACGUUCCGGAACCGAUUCAUUCUCAGAAGGACGUUAUUGUCAAUAAAGAUAAUUUAUUGCCCAUUCUGAUGACUGUAGUACAGGCUUAUACCCACAAAGAGAACCCGACCUACUCAGACCUCCUGAAGGCCGGUGGAAUCAGUGCCUUUAAGACCAGCCUCAAGUACCUAGGAGACGAAAAGCUGGCCAAAGGCCUUCUCACUCUCACGAAGAAGUUGACAGACGUCUUCAACGACGAGGAUCUUAGCAGCGACGAUUCCUCCAAGAUUCUCAGUGAACUGGCCGAGGACUACCUCUCAAAUCACCGCUUCAAGUUAGUGCUUCCAGAGAGCGUGUUGCUGCACGAGGAGGAGAUGGAGGAGUUCAUGACGCAGAAGGCCCUGUCGGAGCUGCAAGGGAGGUCGGCCACCUCCGAGACCGAGCUGAGUGUGGCCAUGCCCCGCCAAGACCCCGCCAUCACCUCCGUCAUAUCAUUUGGUCCUAUGUCAUGGCUGGCUGUCCUCGGAGGGCUUAUUUCCAUCCCAUACUUUUGGUCGGGUUCGUCGACCGUAGCGAGAGCGGACAACCCAACAGUUCGACCCCAGCCUAAUUUCCGGCCCCCUGGUCUGCCUCACUUCCGCCCUCAGCAUCUGAGGAGAGACGAGAAUGAGAAGCCCCCUCAGCACCAGCAGCUUGACCACCAGGACGUCGAGUACCAGAAGAACUACGCCCAGUGGUACCACCAAUGGUACCUUCGAUACAAGGAUUAUUACGACAAACAUUACCCUUAUCAAUCCCAGUCUCGAAACAAAGGUGUUUCCCAACAAAGGAAUCCUGCAGGUAAUUUCCUGCAGCCGCCUCCCGCAGGGGGACCACAGGGGGCUCCUCCUGCCGGUGGGCCUAAGCUAGUUGAAGGCAAUGGGCCGCCCUUGAACCCUCAACCACCGCAGCAGAAGCGUCCCUUGCAAGACUCCCAGAAGCCUCGACAGCAACAGAAGCCCCGACAACAACUUCGGAAACCUCAGGGUCAGAAGCAACCUCUAAAACGCCCCAGGAUUCAGUCGCAGCCUCCCCCGCGUCAACAACGUCUCCCUGUAGGACCGGUUGAUAUUCAGGCCCAGGAGUCUAGUCUUUCAGAAACCAUUGCUCUUGGCGCAUCAGGUGACAAGUCCAACACAUUUGGGACCUUCCAGAAUGAAGGCAAUAGAGGAGGAACCCACUUCAAGGUCUUCAAUGGACCGCAAGGUGUGGCCACUGCUACUGUAAAUCCAAUCUUCAAAGUACCAAGUCCCCAGCCUGUGUAUGUUCAUACCACACAGAGUACACUUAUCAACACAGAGAGAGGUUUCAAGCCCAUCAUCAAACAGGAUUCUCCUGUCGAUGAUGCUACUGUAAAGAGACCGGCGGCGGGCGACUCUGCACCAGUACCAAAAGAAACCAAGCUAGGAUUUAGACCUGCUAAGCACGAGACCGUAUUACCGAAAAACAAGCCAACCCCGACCCCUAAGUCUAAGCCAGCAGUUGGGUUGGCACAUCAGACAAACUCAGGAGGAUUUAAACCUAUUAACGUUCCCGGUGAGGCCUCCAUAAUCAAGUUAGAACCUGAGACGUCCACGCGCCAGAUUUCUUUAGUCACAUCUGGAGUGUUCAACACGAGUCCGUCACCGAACCCCACCACCACCCCGCAGCCGGCCGUGUUCUUCAGGACGGCCACAGCCAAGUCCGUGCGGGUGGUGACCUCCACGUCCAUCGGUCACGGCCGACCGGAACCCCUUCCGGAGCUGAACCGCCCUCAGCGUCACCAGAACUCACAAUCACCUACACAGGAACUUAAUCAUCCGGAGAAGGCCGAGGCUCUGGUGGCCGCAGCUCCUCAAGCUCCUGGGCCCCAGAUCAUCAAGGCAGAGCCAGAAUACACCUCUCACAACGUUGGAUUCGUUCGCACCAACAUCCCUACACACAUCAAGGUCGUCGAACACCGCCCGGCCCAGGGAUUUGGGUUGACAAGCAAGGCUUCGACACCUAGUUCGGACGUCCCCGUGUACGCGCUCGACCCCUUCUAUGGCUCCAGGUUGUCACGGAUCGACGUCAUCUUCCACCAGUUGAAGCUGGAGGAUGAAGGAUGCCGCGAACAGGUUGUCUGUAAUAUCUACAAGAACCCUGAUGCCUACACCCCGUACAGUGACUUCCUCUCCAGACAACUGACAGUGACGCUGGAGCAACUGCAAAGACCGAAGGUGUCGGAUGAGAGGAUCCUGAGGUUCUUCCGAUACCUCAAGUCUGCGCGGGAGGGCCAAGACGGGUCGGACUGUGGGGUCAAGUACCCCGAGUGCCACAUUGACACACUCUCUCUCUCUCUCAAACCUAUAGUCAACGCCUUCCAAAAGGUCUCGCUGCUCAUGGAUGCUGCAUCUAGUUAAAACUCUUCCUCCUUACAUCAGUUUUGCUCUCUGGUAUUCAGUUCAUGUCGCCAGAUCGCGAUCGCUCGCGAUCUGCGAGGCAUAUCGCAGCUCAAGGGACGGGGGAUUGUAAAGUUACAUUGAAAUGGACUGUCGCACCAUUACUAGGAGACUCACUUCCUUUGCUAGGUGUCUCACUGGGGCAAAAUGGGAGAGUACCUUGUAGCACAAACUAAGACCGGGUAUGUAGAUUCUUAAUUCCUUAAGUGUGUUUACUGCUAAAGCUCAGCCUCUAAUUUUGCCAACAAAAAACUGAUACGUUAAGGGACUAUCAGAUCGUGAAAUAAACCAUACCCAAAACGAGGGUUUGGACUAAACUUGACCAAGAGGGCAAUUAGAAUGACAGCGUACAUCAAAAUUGAGGUUACAUUUUUAGACAACUUUUUUUUUUAUUUGUUCUCUUCGCGUAAAAACCUGUUGUAGCUCCUCCCACAUUGACCUGCGAAUGAAUGCCAGCCUUUCAGGAGUUGCCAUUCUUCUUCUUUUCAUUGCGACAAAAUCACUUAGAGCAGCGAUUGAUAGGAUCCAGACGGAUAGGGAGACAACAUAGCUAAAGCCACGUCCCAUCCCUGUAUCACCGGAAAGUCUCGCCGGAAGAUCUCACCGGAAGAUCUCACCCGAAAGAUCUGGUCGGAAGGUCCCUACAGGAGGCACGUAAGAGAAAUCUUGAAGUUCAUUUGCCCUCUAGCGGAGAAAGUAGAGGCUCCUCCUCAUACCCAGAUCCACAAACCAGCUUUCAUAACAUUUCUAAAUAUAGCACAAAUUGAUAUCGUUUUCAAAUGCAUGAGAUAUGAGAAUGUAAAGACACGAAGCUCAUAUGUUCCUACCACUAAAAUAGUAUCUCGUAGAAAUUCUUGUAUAAAACAGCAGGAGUUUUUUGUUUAUAAUGUGGUGGUCUGAGAGCCCGCUAUGUCAGUAGUGUGUCUGGGAGCGUCGCUUGACCCACAUCCGCCACCACUCACCAAACCUGUUUGGAACGACAUUGUCUUCACUCGACUACGAGUUUUGUCCAUAUUUUGACUCGAACCAUUUUUUUUUUUUGAGGAGUGGGUUAGAGGGGGGUAUAUUUACAUGACUUUUGGUUUGUGCUACAUGGUGCUCACGGGGGUAUAUUUUUUUGGAAUUAAGGUCAAGAGCAUUAUAUUAAACUCAGUAGUGAGUAUAUUCUUCAUUCACAUAUUCUCCUCCUCGUUUUGUCAUGUAUGCCUCACAGUUUCACGGGUCGUAAUGCUGAAUGAGAGUGGGUUUUUUUCAUAAGUAUUAUUCCACUUAACGUGAGGAUAAGAAUAAGGUCAUUCACAAUUUAAUGUUGCCCAGAUCAUUGAUGGAUGUGGGUUUAAGUGCUGCCACGGCACUUGGCCUCAUAUUAUGUCACUUUACUCAGCCACUUACGCAUGCAGCUUUGCGUAGCAUUAUUUAUACGGCACAAUGUGCAGCAACAUACGUAUUGCAUUUUGCACAUAUGUAGGGAACUUUGUGCAACCACAUACGAACAACACUUGGCAACAUAAAUCUGGCACUUCCCAAAGCCACAUAUGUUUACAACAUACCCACAACCACAUAUGAAUGACUUUGAUCACUCAGGAUUCAUUAUCUCUGUCUGUCUGUCUGGCUCUCUCUGUCUGUCUCUCUCUCUCUCUCUCUCUCUCUCUCUCUCUCUCUCUCUCUCUCUCUCUCUCUCUCUCUCUCUCUCUCUCUAUGUCCUCGUGCAGAUCCGCUUGCUGUGUAUAGGUCGCUUUAUUCACCAAAACUUAGACCGAGCAAACCCUCUUUUUCAGUCACAAUUCGCUCGGUCCGCGUCGACACCCACAUUUUAAUCAUCGUCUUUGUCGUAAUUUAUUUGAAUUAUUUAUUUGUGAUAUGUUGUGUGCUCCUGAACUUUUUAUAUAAAAAAGUAGAUGUUUCAUUAAUGUUAACACUUGUUAGGGAGUUACUGUACAACAUCCAAUAAAUUAUUUAUAUUA